AUUUUGAAAUUUACAAAAGCUCGACAAUGAAAGAGAAAAGUAGCCGUCGCAAUAGUCUCACAGACCACUUCAGUGUCCUGCCCUACUAUUUGAACUCAACUCGCAAACCAUUCCGGGAUGAGCCGCCGCCGGUACUUGAACACUUCAACCUCACAGAGGUUAAUACAAUACAGGUGCCCGGCCCGAUCGCCUUCAGCUUUUUGCCAGACAUGCCCCAGGUGGCGGGACCAUGGGAUACGCCUCCGCCGAAACUUAAUCUCAUCAACCUACCUAAUACUAUGCAGGUGCCCGGUCAGAUCUCUUCCAGCGUUUUGCAAGAUGAACACCGUCGCCUGUACGUGGGGAACAUUCCGCCAAACAUUACCAAAAACAUGCUGCUGCAGUUCUUCAAUCAUCAAAUGCGUAUUCUCAACCUUGGUCCAAUAUUGGAGUGCCAAUUGUUUACGGCCAAAAGAUUUGCCUUUCUGGAGUUUAGUUCCGUUGAUGACACGACCCAAGCCAUGGCACUUAAUGGCAUCAACUUGAUGGGGAAAUACUUGAAGAUACGACGGCCGGAUAAGUACCAGCGCCCGGUGGUUAUACAGUCUUAUACGUCGACUUAUGUGGAUGCAAAAUCGCCCAACACAAUUUAUAUAGGAGCUUUGCCAAGUUUCAUAAGCGACGACCAGGUGAAGGAGCUGCUUUUGCCUUUUGGCAAGCUAAGAGCCUUUAAACAUGUUAAAGAUCUGCAAACUGGGAAAAGUAAGGGAUUUGCUUUUUGCGAAUAUGAGGAUGUCGGCGUUACCGAUCAGGUCGUUGAUGCCUUGAAUUGGCUGCAACUGUGCGACAGGAAACUGAUCGUUCAACGCGCCAGCCUGGGCGCCAAGAAGGCUCAGAAAGCGGCACACCCAAGCCUUUCAUCCACCGAGGUACUCUGCUUGGUCAACGUAGUCACCCUGGAUGAGCUGCGCCAAGAGAAAAGCGUUGAUAUCUUAAAGGGCAUCAGGGAGGAGUGCGAAAAGUUUGGUGUGGUGCGUAGCGUGGAGAUGCCACGUCCCAUUGAAGGCGAAGACGUUCCUGGAUGCGGCAACGUUUUUGUCUUAUUUGACUCGGCCUUAGACUGUCAAAAGGCCAAGGAGGAACUUUGUAAACGUAAUUUUAAUGGUCGCGCAGUUAUCACUUCAUAUUUUGAUCCCGAAAAAUACAACAGGCGCGAAUUCUAAAUAUAAACUAAAAUAUCAAUGUCUUGUA